UUAGGUUUGGGUUCUGAAGGGGCAUCUGUAAUGCAAAGUUCUAAUGUAAUUGAUGGUUCUGGUCCUAUAUGGCUGGAUGAUAUGAAUUGUGCUGGAAACGAGAGAACGUUGUUUGAAUGUAGACACAGUGGUUGGGGAGUUGAAAACUGCGGCCAUCAUGAAGAUGUUGGUGUAAGUUGUAAUGGAGGACUUCGAUUGGUUGGUGGUGUUACAUCGGGAAGACUUGAAGUGUUCUAUAGUGGUAGAUGGGGCACUGUUUGUGACGAUGGGUUCGAUAUGAAUGACGCUAAGAUUGCGUGUAGACAUUUAGGUUUUGGAUCGGGGCGGGCGUCUGUAAUACAAAGUUCUAAUGUCCCCGAUGGUAAAGGUUCCAUCUGGUUGGAUGAUAUGAAUUGUGCUGGAAUGGAGGGAACAUUGUUUCAAUGUAGACACGCUGGUUGGGGAGUUCAUAAUUGCGGCCAUCGUGAAGAUGUUGGUGUUAGUUGCAAUGGAGGACU